AACCAUACUGUUAUUGAACUGGCUCUGUUUGCUUCCGAGUACUCCCAAGUCCAUGGUUAUAUCAGUGCUGUCGUGUGUACAUUCGGGAUCAUCGCAAACAUCGUGAACAUCAUUGUCUUAACUCGUAAAAAUAUGAUUUCGUCCACCAAUACGAUAUUAAUGUGGCUUGCUGUUGCCGAUUUGUUCACCAUGUUGUCCUAUUUACCGUUUAUUAUGAGGUUUUAUAUUUUUCGUGAAGAAGAUCUCGAUCGUUUUAACACUCGGGAUUAUGCGUGGAUCUGUUUCUUAAUGUUCCAUGCUAGCUUUGGUAUCGUGUGCCACACAGUGGCCAUCUGGCUGACCAUCGCCCUUGCUAUAUUUCGUUAUAUUUAUAUCUGCAUGCCUACAAAAGGUGCGAUAUAUUGUAAUGUACGACGCGCAAGGAUUGCAAUAUUCUUGGUAUAUUUGUUGACGGUUGUCAUUUGUAUUCCUAAUUACAUCAUCAACGCUAUCAGCACGGACAGUUUACCGCCAAAACAAUCGCUCGGACCAAAUGGAACAAAUGUUAGUGACAAAAGUGAUAUCUUUUAUUAUCCGUCAUUACGACAGUCGACGACGGCUGAUGUUUUUAUAUAUCAGUCCAAUGUUUAUAUACAGUCAAUCCUCGUGAAGCUGAUACCAUGCUUUCUGCUUACAACGCUUACCAUUCUCUUAAUCCACGCCAUGCAUAAAGCAUACCGUAAACGCAUGCGUUUGAAAUCGCAAGGUCGGAAAGCGGAAUCGGACAAACAUGGAGAGCAUAACCGAACGACCGGUAUGUUGCUUGCUAUUGUGGUAUUGUUCAUGUUAACCGAGUUACCACAAGGUAUUUUAACCCUAAUGACGCUGUUUGAGCCAUGUCUACAGUUCUAUGUGUACAACAACCUCGGCGAUUUAGUAGACGUCAUGGCACUAAUCAACAAUUCUAUCAAUUUUGUGUUAUAUUGUACGAUGAGCAAACAAUUCCGAGAUACAUUUGUUAAAGUGUUCUGUAAG